AGAACCGCACUCGUCUGUCAAAUGGACAGUGCUCGAUCUGUGUUGACUAUAAUUUAACAAGGAAGAACAAAAGCUUAUGUAACCAGAACACUUUCCUACACAGCAAAUAAGGAUAAGAAUGGCAGGAAACUACUACUUUGUGAUUGUUGGUCACCAUGACAACCCUGUAUUUGAAAUGGAUUUUGUUCCUCAAAGUAGAGCCAAUGAACCAAAGAAGGAUGACCAUCGUCACUUGAACCAAUUUGUAGCCCAUGAAGCUCUGGAUCUUGUGGAUGAACAGAUGUGGACCACAAACAACAUGUACCUCAAAAUUGUAGACAAAUUUAAUGAGUGGUUUGUCUCCGCUUUUGUCACAGCAAGUCGCAUGAGGUUUAUGAUGCUGCAUGAUACAAAAAACGAAGACGGAAUUCGAAACUUCUUCACCGAAAUGUAUGAAAUUUAUAUCAAGCAUUCCAUGAAUCCAUUUUAUGAAACAAACAAGCCAAUUGAGUCACCAAGUUUUGAAAAGAAAUGCCAGUUAUUUGGAAGGAGAUAUUUGAUUGGAUAACAUUUUUUUUAAUAUUGAAAUAAUGGAAGACAAUUGUAUUUAUAAUGAGUGAGAGUGAAAUGUUUGAAUUCAUGGACAUAUGAAUUUUGAUUGUUGUAUGUUUCCGAGUGAGAGCAUGGAAGUUUUGAGUAUGGCUUUGUGUACUUGCAUGCAUUGUAAGUGCUAAAUCUUUGAUAUUGUAUUGAAUAGCUAGCUAGUUAUGUCCUAGGCUGUCUAGAUCUUCAGAAUGAGCAGGUCCAAGGUGGCUCAACCCCUAGAGCUAAAACCAUCCUGUUGAAAAAAUGAAUUUGGAAAAAGUUUUACAGAUUAAUUUCUUGGUAUAUGUACCUUCAUGGAGACAUUUUAAACAUUCAAAUGAAAAAAUAUAAAUAAUAAUGUUGGUUUAAAUAGCAGAAGGAUGCUUUUGAAAUGAAAAUAAUGUGCAAUAUGUACGUGUGACUCUCUUUAUGAUUGCUAUUACCGUUUUUUGCCUAGUAAAAACUCUCUAUCCAACCGUUUACAUUUACUUAUAUAAAUUAUAAAUAUGCUGACUGUGGUAAUUAAGAUCUCCACAUAUCUACACUUGGUGAGUAGAACAAAGGUGUUACUAUUUAGACCAGGCUAAAUCACAAUGUGAUCACAAAAGAAAUAAAUGUAACCCUGGUAAAAUACUAGUCGCAAUAUACCACUUGGCUAGAGAGAACUUCUCUUUAGCUCGAUUGGUUGAGCGCCAGACUAGUAAGUCAGGGGUCCCAGGUUGGAUUCCUAGCGGAGGCAUUGAAAUAAAUAAUGACCUCUGUUACAUGAAGAAAAAAUUAUUUUAUGGAACUUAAGUUUAAAGUUACUUUCCAGAUCAGAAAUAUAUAGAAUUAGAUGUUCUGUGCUCAUAAGGGUGUAUAAGUUGAAUUCUAUAGUAAUAUGAGAGUCUUACUAGAGACUUGUGUAGAACAUUUAAAAGAAUUAUUAUUGCAUUAACAUAGCAAAUCGUUGAAUUGCCAAGGUAAAUUGUAGUUACACUAACAGAUCACAGACAGUUGUUGACACAACAAAAAUGUGACAGGGAGGAAGAAUUGUAACAAAGUAACCAUGAAAUUCCUGGAGUGACGACAACACGUCCAUUCCUCUCCAGUUCAGGUUUACCUUACAGUAAGAGGGAGGAAGACAGUUGUAACAAAGUAACCAUGAGAUUAGAAGUGUUGUCAAGGCAUUUAAAUCUUGUAAAAGCUGGGAUGGUGUUAUUGACAAUAUCUUUUGCAUACGAUGUAAGAACAAUAAUUGCUUUGUUUUGGAAAUGUUCUCACAUGCUCAUGCACAUGUUAAGUGUAUAUCUAAAAAUAUGUAGAUCAGUUCCUUUCACUAACAUUACAUACUGUAUCUAUUGGUAUUCAUAACUUUGGAAUUUCUGAACAUUAAACUUUGAAGUGACAGGAUUUUUUCAAAUUUUGUCACAGUUUCGCCAGUGAAAUAAACCAGAGUGACAUUUUGGUACAAGGCAAAUUGCAUCAUCACUGCAUCAUUUCUACAUUCUGUGAACUUUAUAUAUAUUGGUCUGGAGUCACACCUAUGAAUAAUAUAAAUAUUUUGUCAUGUAGGUGAGUUAUCUAUGAUGUUCAAUGGGGAACCAUUAAAUAUUCUCUGGGAGUAAAAGUGAAGAUAGAGUGAGAGUUUGAAACGAUGUGUAAUCACUACAAGUACAUGAAAAGACUGAGAUAUCAAGGCUGAUGAAUUAUUGUGUUCAAAAUUCCACAUUAAUAGAACAGUAGUGCCUAAUGUCAUAGCACCUAAUGAUGAAGUGAUCUUUUGUAUCUCCUGAGAGAGACAAGCUAUGUUUUUACCAUGUUACCAGAUACAACAUCUGUCUAUAAUAAAAUCAGUUUAUAUGCAUUGAACUUAAAUGAUUAAAAUAUUUGAAAUCG